AUGGCUACGAAUCGAAGUGACCACACCAAGUCCGAGGCCGAGCUGGCCAUCAACAUUCGAAAAGCCACCAGCAACGACGAGACGGCCCCCAAGCGGAAACAUGUGCGCAGCUGCAUCGUCUACACAUGGGAUCACAAGUCCUCCCAGUCCUUCUGGGCUGGCAUGAAGGUGCAACCCAUCCUCGCCGACGAGGUCCAGACCUUCAAGGCCUUGAUCACGGUGCACAAGGUCCUCCAGGAAGGCCACCCCGUGACCCUGCGGGAGGCCAUGGCCAACCGUGGCUGGGUCGACAGUCUGAACCGAGGCAUGGCAGGCGAGGGCGUGCGCGGAUAUGGGCCCCUGAUCCGGGAAUACGUCUACUUCUUGCUGGCCAAGCUGUCCUUCCACCAGCAGCACCCCGAGUUCAACGGGACCUUCGAAUACGAGGAAUACGUCAGCUUGAAGGUCAUCAAUGACCCCAACGAGGGCUACGAGGCCAUCACCGACCUGAUGGCCCUGCAGGACAAGAUCGAGCAGUUCCAGAAGCUCAUCUUCUCCCAUUUCCGUCACGUUGGCAAUAACGAGUGCAGGAUCUCGGCAUUGGUUCCCCUGGUCCAGGAGAGCUAUGGUAUCUACAAGUUCAUCACCAGCAUGUUGCGCGCUAUGCACUCUACCACCGGGGACAAUGACGCCUUAGAACCCCUGCGCCAGCGCUACAAUGCCCAGCACUACCGCCUCGUCAAGUUUUACUACGAAUGCUCCAACCUACGAUAUCUGACCAGCCUCAUCACCAUCCCGAAGCUGCCCCAAGACCCGCCGAAUCUGCUGGCCGAGGACGAAGACGCCGCGAAGCUGCCAGCUCGACCAAAGCAGGAGAUCGAGCGCCAGCCGACGCCGCCCCCCGCGCCCAAGACGGACGAGCCCGACGAGAUCGCCGAGUUCUGGCAGGGCGAGCUGGACCGGCAGAACCAACAGUACGAGGAGCAGCAGCGAGUACUGCAGGAGCGCCAGCAACAGGCGCUCAUGGCGCAGCAGCAGGCUCAAAUGCAAGCCCAGAGGGACUUUGAGGAACAGCAAAGGCGCCUUGCAGAGCAGCAGCAGAGGGAGCAGGAGGCGCUGUUGGCGCAGCAGGCUCAAUGGCAGACCCAGGGACGCCUGGCAGAACUAGAGCAGGAGAACCUAAAUGCGCGCGCUCAAUAUGAACGGGACCAGCUCAUGCUCCAGCAGUACGACCAGAGAGUGAAGGCUCUAGAGGGAGAGUUGUCACAGAUCCAAGGUAGCUUUGGCCAGCAGCUCUCGAGCAGGGACGAUCAGAUCCGCGCGCUUCAGGAGCAGGUGAACACGUGGAGGACAAAGUACGAGGCCCUGGCCAAGCUGUACUCCCAGCUGCGUCAUGAGCAUCUGGAUCUCCUCCAGAAGUUCAAGUCCGUCCAGCUGAAGGCUGCAUCUGCCCAGGAGGCCAUCGACAGGCGCGAGAAGCUGGAGCGCGAGAUCAAGACCAAGAACCUGGAACUGGCAGACAUGAUCCGCGAACGCGACCGAGCCCUUCACGACAAGGACCGUCUCUCGGGCAGCAACAAGGAUGAGCUCGAGAAGCUCAAGCGCGAGCUGCGCAUGGCCAACGACAGGGCUGACAACCUGGAGCGUAGCAAGGGCAACGAAUUGUCUGUUAUGCUGUCCAAGUACAACCGGGAGAUGUCCGAUCUCGAAGAAGCCUUGCGCGCCAAGUCUCGUGCUCUGGAUGAUGCCCACUCCAAGCUCCGAGAUGGAAGUUCUGAUCUUGAGGCACUGCUUCGCGAAAAGGAAGAAGAACUCGAAGUCUACAAGGCCGGCAUGGAUGAGACUCUGCUCAAGCUCAACGAGCUGCAGCUCAGCCAGGGCGGCGAUGACUCCGUCACGGACGAGAUGGUGAAGCACCUGGUCGAGGCCAACCUGGACAAGAUCAAGGAGAUCAUCGAUUCAGUACUUCAGGCUGGAGUGGCGCGUGUCGACGAUGCCCUGUACGAGCUUGAUUCGACCAUGCAGGCCGGUAACCAGAACGCAUCGCCUGCGUAUGUCUUGUCGCAGAUCGAGAAGGCUAUGGCCAGCGCCAUGGAAUUUGCUACCUCGUUCAACAACUUCAUCGCGGACGGCCCCAACGCUGCAUAUGCCGACCUCAUCAAGGCCAUCAAUGUCUUUUCUGGCUCUGCGGCCGAUGUGUGCAGCAACACCAAGGGUCUCACGCGAUUGGCACCUGAAGAGAAGAAGGGCGAUGCGCUCAUGAACGGUGCCCGCCAGGCUGCGUCGUCGGCUGUGAAGUUCUUCCGAAGCCUCCAAAGCUUCAGGUUGGAGGGCAUGGAUGACAUGCAGAAGUUGGAUGUUGUUAUCAACAAUAAUAACGAUGUCCAGAUGAACCUACAGAAACUAAACAAGUUGGUUGAACAGUUUGCUCCUGUAGCUCGGCUGUCCAACCAAAAGGGAGAUAUCGGUGACCUCGUCGAUGCUGAACUCAGCAAAGCUGCAGAUGCCAUUGCUGCUGCUGCUGCGCGCCUGGCCAAGCUCAAGAACAAGCCCCGAGAUGGGUACUCGACCUAUGAGCUCAAGGUCAACGAUUCGAUUCUUGAUGCUGCUUUGGCUAUCACCACUGCCAUCGGCCAGCUGAUCAAGGCAGCCACUGUCACACAACAGGAGAUUGUCCAGGCUGGACGAGGAACGUCGUCUAGGACAGCUUUCUACAAGAAGAACAACAGGUGGACCGAGGGCCUCAUCUCUGCCGCCAAGGCGGUUGCUACAUCUACCAACACCCUCAUCGAGACGGCAGACGGCGUCAUCUCUGGCCGCGCAACCCCUGAACAGUUGAUUGUUGCAUCAAACGACGUUGCAGCUUCCACUGCACAGCUCGUGGCUGCUAGCCGUGUCAAGGCAGGCUUCAUGAGCAAGAGCCAGGAGAACCUGGAGCAGGCAAGCAAGGCCGUUGGUGCCGCAUGCAGAGCGCUGGUCAGACAGGUGCAGGCCAUGAUCAAGGAGCGGUCGUCAGAGGAAGACCAGGAGGAUUAUGGCAAACUUGACCCCCACACUUUCAAGGUCAGGGAGAUGGAACAGCAGGUUGAGAUUCUGCAAUUGGAGAAUGCCCUGUCGUCUGCGAGACAGCGGUUGGGCGAGAUGAGAAAGAUCUCGUACCGGGAGGAUUAA